AUGAAGUACUUCGCUGCCGCUACCGCUCUCAUUGCUGGCGCCUCCGCCGCUGCCGUCAAGCGAGGUGAUGGUGGCAACACCUGGGGAGACUGGGGCGCCUCGACAGUCUACUCGACCGUCUACUCAACCAUCUACUCGACCGCGACCGUGCCCACCACCAUCUACUCUACUGCCACCGUCCCCACGACUAUCUACUCAACUGCUACCGUCCCCACCACCAUCUACAAGACUGAGACCGUUCCCACGACUGUCUACAAGACGGCGACUGUCCCGACGACCAUCUACUCUACUGCCACCGUCCCCACCACCAUCUACUCGAGCGUCACCGUCCCCACGACUGUCUACAAGACCGCGACUGUGCCCACCACCGUGACUGUCCCUACCACCAUCUACUCGACCGCCACCGUCCCCACCACCAUCUACAAGACUGAGACCGUUCCCACGACUGUCACUGUUCCCACCACCGUGACUGUUCCCACAACUAUCUACUCCACCGCCACCGUCACCGCCACCGCCUCACAAUGGGGUGACUGGCAAGUCACCACCGCCUACGUCACCGUUCCCCAGACUGUGACCGUGACUGCCGCCGCCACCUGGGGUGACUGGAACUAA